CAAAGUGUUAACAGAUAAAGUUCGAGUAUCUUUUCAUAUCAGUGUCCGUAUUCUGAUAUCAAUGCGAUAUACGGCCUUGCCUUAGAUAUUAUACAUCAAACAUCGACAUUUUUUAACGCUAAGGUACACAACAUUGUUGACAUGCUGCCGGUGUAUAAGCAGAUUAACAUAUACGAUUCGACUUAAUCGUUAAUUGCACCCAUUCUUGUACAAUCUCUCGUUGAGAUAAAACGAGUUUUUUUUCAUGAAGUGAAUCGGUAAUGUGUCGAUCGAAUCUUUGAAGGAUUGGAGAGGUGUCAAGAACAGGUUGAGAUAUGUCCGGCUUCGACAACAUAAUCCUAGCCCACCAUCACCAUGGAGCAGGGGGCAACAUAACGGACGACGAAGAAGAACAAGGCAACAUCUACGUAGCAAAAGGCACUGCCAUGGUCACGUUGUUCAUGUGUUCCUUUUGCCUUGGCUGUCUGCCCAUCAAGCUCUCUGAUUGGUUCAAGUGGAAACAGCAAAGUACGGCAGCCAAGGAGAACGGAUACGUCAAGGUCUUCCUUGGCUUCGGAGGGGGAGUUUUGCUGUGCACCACGUUCCUACAUUUGUUGCCGGAGGUGAACGAGAGUUUUGAAGAGGUAGAUCCAACCCCAGACAUUGAGAUCCACUAUGCGGAGUUGCUGAUGUGUACUGGUUUCUUCAUAAUGUACUUCAUUGAAGAAUGCGUUCACGUUUACCUCGCAAAGAAGGAGAAACUCACGCCGAUCAGACGAAGUCUCAGCAUCAGACGAGGCAGUAUGAAAUUGGACCUUACAUUGAUGGACUUGAAUCGCAGUAGCGCUGUAAAUGGCAAUGGUCAUCCGAUUCAUCACCAUAGCCACCACCAUCACAAUCAUCACCAACCGCACCAUCACAGUGGGACAGCUGUAGUUGUCAGGGGCCUGCUGGUUGUUAUGGCCCUUUCUAUCCAUGAACUGUUUGAGGGGCUGGCUGUCGGACUCGAACAUUCGCCCAAAGCAGUAUGGUACAUGUUCGGUGCCAUUUCAAUCCACAAAUUCGUGAUAGCGUUUUGCAUCGGGAUGGAGCUGGUGACGUCAGGACUAAGGAGGCUCAUCGUGGCCGUCUACGUCUUCACGUUCGCAGUAGUCAGCCCUAUAGGGAUAGGUUUAGGCAUCAUAGUUACUUACUUAGAGAGCAACUCGUUCACGAUAAUGUCGGUGGUACUGCAAGGUUUGGCGUCGGGUACUUUGUUGUACAUUGUGUUUUUCGAAAUAUUACAGGCGGAUAAGAAGUCCGGGUUGAAGCAGUAUUUUUCCGUUCUCGUAGGGUUUGGCAUUAUGUUUGCGAUAACAUUGUUGGGAUGAUAGAGUAAUGGACCAAGAGGUAAGGAGAUUUUUAAUGAGAAAAUCCUACAAGUUUGCGACACGAACUUGAAAAUUUGCAGACGAUCGAUGACAAUACAAUAAUUUCAGAAAAAAAAUCAAAUAUGAAAAUAAAAAGAAUUUUGAAAUUUUGUAAAAAAUUUUGAAGAUUUGGAUAAAAAAUGUUUUAUAUUUCGAAAUUUGAAACAAUAUACCAAAAAUAAAAACCAAGAUCUUGAUUGCUUGUUUUUAGACUGAGAAUUCAGGAAACAAAAUAUAAUUUAAAAAAAAUAAAAAAAAAACGCUUUAAUAGCUCAUCAACCUAAAAAAUAGAAAAUAAUUUUCAAGUACGUAUAUAUGAGUGUACGCAAUAAAAAAUCAAAAACAAUUAUGCCUAAUUAAUAUAGAAUAAGAUC